CUUGCAGCCAACAGUCGCUGCCCAGACAUUGAGAUGCAAUCAGCAAAGCAAUUGAGUCUCUCCGUGCGAGUUGCUGCACUCCUCUGGCUCGUGGCUUUGGGGCAGGCCGAGCUCCACGUCUAUCAUCCGAUGCUGACGCUGCACCAAGAGCCCAUUGUCGCCCGAGUGGGCAAUCUGCUGGAGCAUGUGCCCACCGCCGUCUCCCACCAGAGCUCCACCAUUGUCCAUGCCACGGCGCCGCGACUCACGCCGCUCCUGGCACCCGCUCUGCGGACCACUCUGCACUAUCCCCCCACCUGGAGUUAUCCAUUCUACGGAGCCACCAACUCGCUCUACAGAAAGUAAGCCCUGAACCGUGAACCGUGAACCGUGAA